AAGGCCUAUUAAACAAACAAGUGGAGUGGUCCAGAGGAGAAAGAGAGACGCGCAUCAGUGCGUCUUGGGUAACUGGACACCUGACAUACGGUAGCCGAACCGGUUGUCCAAACGAGGACAAUGGCUGAAUAUUUCAUAAAGACACAUCUCAUAAGUCUGCUAUAUUCGACCGCGAGGUUCGGUCCAUCCCAGUGAGGCCUGCUGUCCGGCCAACACCUUGUCAGUCAAUAGUGUGCAAUCACGAUUUCGGCCGCUGACAGUAAUCCGAGAGACCCAGCGGGACAUUUCCCUUUGGCGCGCCUGACUCAAUUUCUGAAUAAAUCUGGAUAAAGUUACAAGGCAGCGAUACUGGAGAUAGCCUAGUAUUUAAUUACUUUCCCAUCAAUUAUUCAAAUCUGUUGAGGCAAUGCUUAUGUUAACUUGUGCAUCCUCUUCUGAACUUUAAUUAAGUUCCCAAAGAAGUGUCUCUGUUUCUGGCAAUAAUUCAGAUAUUCCAAACACAGACAUUUAAGACUGCCACCCCAGUAUCUUAAUUGCGGCGUGGCGGGGCACUUUGUCCAGAAACGGCUCUAGUCCUAAUCUUAAACAGCAAUGUGCCUUUCUUGCCUACUUUACAGAUGGAAACCGGCGACUCUAGGACCCUGUAGGCGCUGGUUAAUCAUUUGAGCGAAUGGCACCUGUUGCGUGUUCAAAGGGAAACCGGGAGGACUGCGUCGCUGGCUCGCGUAUUCUCUCAGCCUUGGGUAAACUCAAUAGGCUCGUCCAAGAAAGUUGAAGUCAGCCAGGACACCCGUCCGUCUUUUUUGCAUUAUCAAGUAAUAAUCAGCGUUGCGAAAAGCUUUUCAGUCUCUGUGGAUUUGGCCAAAGUUUGGGUGACUGACCUCUUUUCAGAUCUUCCAGCUUUGAGGAAGAGGAGGAGGAGGAGGAGGAGUAGUGGUCAGCAUGCGUCUGUUCCUGCGUCGGCGCAUGUCGCCGCUGAAGCUGGUGUUGCUGGGCGGCACGCUCUUCAUGGUGGUGCUGGUGGUGCUGCAGAGAGACGUGGCCAGCGGACCCUCACCACAGGACCCCUGGUUCCAGGACCUGGUGGAGCGGCAGCAGCGUGUGGUGGACAUGGUGAAGGGCGCCGUGAACAACCUGGGCUUCCAGAUCGGGGCGCCCCAGCCUCCGCCCGUGGAGCCCCAGCCCACCGUUGACGCCCGCUGCCCGCCGGGCUUUUACAGUCAGGCAGAGCUGCGGCCGCACAUGGAGAGGCCCCCGCAGGCGCCCCAGGCCCCCGGGGCCUACGGCAACGCGUACGCCACGGACAAGCUGACUCCGGAGCAGGAGAAGGAGAAGGAAGAGGGCAUGACGCGCCACUGCUUUAACCAGUACGCCAGCGACCGCAUCUCACUGCAUCGCAGCCUCGGCGACGACACCCGGCCCCCCGAGUGUGUGGAGCGUAAGUACCGCCGCUGCCCGCCACUGCCCACCACCAGCGUGAUCAUCGUGUUCCAUAACGAGGCCUGGUCCACGCUGCUCCGCACGGUCUUCAGCGUGCUGCACUCCACGCCAGCCAACCUGCUCACUGAGAUCAUCAUGGUGGACGACGCCAGCGUCGCAGAUCACCUGAAGGAGCGCCUGGAUGAGUUUGUGAAGCCUCUGAAGAUUGUGAAGGUGCUCCGCCAAGCAGAGAGGAAAGGGUUAAUCACGGCCCGGUUGCUAGGGGCCAGCCAUGCCCAGGGGGAGGUGCUCACCUUCCUGGAUGCCCACUGUGAGUGUUUCCACGGCUGGCUGGAGCCGCUGCUGGCGCGUAUCGUGGAGGAGCCGACUGCGGUUGUGAGCCCUGAGAUCGUCACCAUCGACCUCAACUCCUUCCAGUUCCACAAACCCGUGGCCACCGCGCGUGCCCACAACCGCGGCAACUUUGACUGGAGCCUGACCUUCGGCUGGGAGGCCAUCCCCGACUACGAAAAGCAGAAGCGCAAAGACGAGACCUACCCCGUCAAGACUCCCACUUUUGCGGGUGGGUUGUUUUCCAUCUCCAAGACCUAUUUUGAGAAGAUCGGCACAUAUGACGACAAGAUGGAGAUCUGGGGUGGCGAGAAUGUGGAGAUGUCCUUCCGGGUGUGGCAGUGUGGCGGAACCCUAGAGAUCAUUCCGUGUUCUGUUGUGGGACACGUGUUCCGCACCAAGAGCCCUCACACCUUCCCCAAGGGAACUGAAGUCAUCACCCGUAACCAGGUGCGGCUGGCCGAGGUCUGGAUGGACGACUACAAGCAGAUCUACUACCGACGCAACCAGAACGCCGCCAAGAUGGCCAAGGAGAAGCAGUUUGGCGAUAUCUCUGAUCGUGUGAACCUUCGAGAGUCUCUACACUGUAAAAACUUCUCGUGGUACCUAGAGAACGUCUACCCCGAAGCCUUUGUGCCCGACCUCACUCCUGUCAAAUUUGGAGCUAUCAAAAACUCUGAGUCUCACAGCUGUCUCGAUGUCGGGGAGAAUAACUCGGGAGGCAAGCCGGUGAUCAUGUAUGUGUGCCACAACAUGGGGGGAAACCAGUACUUUGAAUACAGUACUCACCAGGAGCUGAGACACAACAUUGGCAAGCAGCUGUGUCUGCACGCCAAGCCUGAUGGCGUGACGGUGGAGCUGUGCCACCUCAAGGGCCGAGGCACUCAGGUUGCAGCCGAGCAGCUCUGGGUAUUUACAGAGGAGCAGCUCUUAAAAAACCCUCCGUCUGGGAAGUGUCUCCAGCUGAGCGCAGGACGACUCCUCAUGAGCACCUGCAACGCGGCGGACCUCAGCCAACACUGGGCCUUCAGCUGACCCCGCUGACCUCUACUCUCGUCUCCUCCACACCCUCAUCGUCACUGCUCGACCCAGCUGACGACCCCUCUCCGUAUCCCGAUCGUCACUGCUCAACACAGCUGACGACCCCUCUCCGUAUCCCGAUCGUCACUGCUCAACACAGCUGACGACCCCUCUCCGUAUCCCGAUCGUCACUGCUCAACACAGCUGACGACCCCUCUCCGUAUCCAGAUCGUCACUGCUCAACACAGCUGACGACCCCUCUCAAUAUCACAAUCGUCACUGCUCGAUCCAGCUGAUGACCCCUCUUCAUAUCCCGAGCGUCACCGCUCAAUCCAAAUGAUAGCCCCUCUCUGUAUCCUGAUCAUCACCGCUUGAUCCAACUGACGACCCCUCUCUGUAGUCUCAUCUCCCGCUGGGUGUCGAUACCCUCAGGAGUGGAAUAUCCUCAUCACAAUCGAUUGACUCUCCUCUUUAUCAUCACGUGUGAACCAUAGCCCACAGUCAUGGGUAAGCGGUUAGGGCGUCAGACUUGUAGCCCAAAGGUUGCCGGUUUGACUCCCGACAUGCCAGAUUGGUGGGGGAAGUAAUAAACCAGUGCUCUCCCCCGUCCUCCUCCAUGACUGAGGUACCCUGAGCAUGGUGCCGUCCUGCCACACUGCUCCCUGGCAUUGCUCCCUGGCGUUGGUGUGCUGUGGAGUGCUGUGUCACAAUGACAAUGGGAGUUGGGAGUUUCCCAGGUGGGCUUUCACUUGACUUCACAGCUUUUCUGUCUGUCCACCCAGCAGACUUCCCCUCAUCACUCCAUACCCUCAUCUCAGUCGCAUGACUCUUCAUGAAACCGCACCCUUGCUGUCGUGACUUCACCCAUCUGACGCCCACCUCUCCUCUCCAUCAUCACUUGUGAACCCUCCCUCUCCACACCUUUGUCAUCGGCCCAGCUGGACCACUUCUCCAUACCCUUGUAACCCAACUGACCUCUGCUCUCCUCUCCAUAACUCCGUCAUCACUCCACCCAUCUGAGCCUUCUCCUCCCCAUGCCUUCUUCAUCAGCUGACCCAGCUAGCCCUCAUCCCCACCCCCCAGUCCAUACUGUAAACUUCCCCUCUCAGCCCUCAUCCCCAC